AUGAAUAAAAACAAGGGUUAUAUAGAUAAUAAUAAUAAUAAUAAUAAUAAUAAUAAUAAUAAUAAUAAUAAUAAUAAUAAUAAUAAUAAUAAUAAUAAUAAUAAUAAUAAUAAUAAUAAUAAUGAUUAUAUUUUUUUUAAAAUUUUCAAAAAUUUAUAUUUAAAUAAAAUUUUGUUUAAUUUUUUAAAAACUUAUAAUAAUUUUAAUAAACAAAUUGUAGAAAUUAAUUUAAUUUCAAAAAAUGGAAAUAAAAAUAUUGAAAAUGUAAUAGAUAAUCAUCCAUUCAAAGAAUAUAUACGAACUAUUUCAAUUAGUGUUAUCCAAGAUAAUAUUGAUGAUGUCUUUGAUUACCUCUCAUCCAAGCUACCAAAUAAUAUUCAAUGUGUAUUGUUAUUAAAACCAUCGGGUUUCAUGCAAGUAUAUUACCAAAUACCGCCCAAAUUUCACAACUCAAAAAUAAAAGAGCUAAUAGUAUCAACCAAUGUAUUUAUUUCAAUAAGUCCGAAUAUCCUACCACCGUCUUUAGAAAAACUUUACAUAGAAGACUCUUUUUACCUAUCUUAUAGUAUGGUUAAAGGACAAUCAAGUUUUUCUACUUUAAAGUCAUUAAAGAUACAUGGAUAUAGAUGGGGUAUUAAUCCCGGAAUGCUCCCACCAACCCUUACUUUCUUGCAUUUAACAUUUGAAAAAUAUAUGAAUAUCCAACCUUUACAAGAGUAUAGCAUCCCAUCAAGUGUAACCGAUUUAUUUCUAGAUCUACCAGUUAUUCAAUCAACCUCAAGUAGAUGCCAAACACCAUUUACAAGAGAAGUAUUACCACAGAACCUUAAAACUUUUAAAAUCAUGUUGGAGGCAAAAUAUUCAAAUAUAAGAGUAUAUUCAAAAUAUGGUAAUGAAUUUAUUAUAAAUGAUGAAGUAUUACCAAAAUCAAUAACCAAUCUCCAACUAGAUCGAGAUAUACAAAUAGGAUCUCUAUUAAAAAAUAAUAACAUCUUAAAAUUUAAAGGCGCGAUUCAAAUCUACAAGAAACAAAAACAUUAUUCCAGCAUUUACCCAAUUUAA